ACGUAUCGUAAUGUCAGUACAGAGGCAACGCUUCGGCAGAAACGGCACGCAAGCACCUGAGAGUCUCGAGUCAGCCUGAAUGAAAAUUUGGUAGCAACCGGUAUGAUGUUUCUGAAGAUCGUGCCGUGCACGGCGCUCUGUUACUUGGCCGUAGCGGCGAUAUUCGGCGUGCUGCUGUUUCUGCUAGCGGUGUUCCUCUACAAUCAGUACACCCUGGGCUUCUGCAUCAGCAACGCGAGCAUGGAAGGGAAGACCGUGUUGGUGACUGGAUGCACUUCCGGUAUCGGCAAAGAGACUGCGCGGGACAUGGCGAAAAGGGGCGCGAGAUUGAUCAUGGCGUGUCGCAACGUCGAAGAGGCCAACAAGCUGAAAGAGGAAUUCGCGAAAGAGACGAAGAACAGCAACAUCGUGGUGCGGAAGCUGGACCUGUCGUCGUUGGCCUCGGUCAGGGAGUUUGCCGAGCAAAUAAACCGCGACGAGAGCAGGCUGGACGUGUUGAUACACAACGCGGGGACCGCGGAGGUCUUCAGGAGGAAAGUGACCGAGGACGGUCUGGAAAUGACCAUGGCGACCAACCAUUACGGGCCGUUUCUGCUCACGCAUCUGUUGAUCGAUUUGCUGAAGCGAUCGAAGCCGAGCCGCAUAGUGGUCGUCGCCUCGUCCCUGUACGUCCUAGCACGACUGAACCUGAACAACGUGAACCCAACGACGAGCUUCCCCGGUUACCUCUACUACGUCUCGAAGUACGCGAACAUAAUGUUCACGUUGGAGUUGGCGCGGCGUCUUCAAGGCACGGGCGUGACCGCGAACUGUCUGCACCCCGGCCUGAUGAGCACGGGCAUCUGGAAGAACGUGCCGCCGCCAAUGUCGUGGGCGGUGAACUUCCUGCUGAGGACCUUCUGCAAGACCGAGCUCCAGGGCGCCCAGACCACCAUACACUUGGCCGUGGUCCCCGAUUUGGCGGACGUCUCGGGCAAAUACUACGCGGACUGUCGGGAGAGGACUCUGUGCUGCGGCGUGGACGACCCGGCCAAGGGCAAGAAGCUCUGGGAGCUCAGCGAGUCCCUGGUGAACUUGCAGCCGACGGACCCGAAGAUAUGAGGAGCCAGCUGCGUGGAUCGAGGCGCGAGAUCAUCGUGUUCUUCCAAAGUAUUCGAGAACUUCGCAAGUUCGUCCCUUAUAGUACUCGCGACUAGUUGUACGCCUUUACGGGAAGCUGCGUGUGUAUUCAGCUUCGGACGAUGGAGCUGGCAACAAUAAAUGUUUCUCUUUCUGUCUUGUA